AAUAAAAAUAAGAAACAAUUUUCCCGUCUCCGAAAACAAGCAUCGAGUGUUUAAUCUUCAUUUAAAAUCCGCCCCGCAUACCUCCCGAAACGUGUACCUUAAGCGUCGUCGCACGUGAGACAUUGCCGAACUCAAAACUACCUUCGCGUCCCUUCUGACGCCUGCGCGCGCGACACGGCUCGCGCCGGGUUUGACGCGCGCGCGCGCGCGCGCCGCUGGCGAAAGGACGGCCCGGCGACGUCACUUCCGCCAGCGUCAAGCGCCAAUGGCGGUGCCCGUGACGUUUCGCGCACCCCGGUAGCCCGGCCGAUGUUGCGCGGCUCUGUCGACGGUCUCACGGCCUCCGUAUAUCGACGACUUCGUCAGAAAACAACAAAUUUUUUACCCAAUAAAUCUUGAACGAGCUGAUCUCCGGAUCAUGGCUCUGCACAGACUGGCCGUAAGGUUACGACGAACGGUAACAAACGUGCGACCCCUUCAUGUAAAUGGGUAUCAGCAGCAGCAGCAAGAGGCUUUGGCUGUCGAGUUGGAGUCAAGUCACGAGACCCUUCCAAUCUUCAGAACACAGGAGAGUGAUCCUGCACGUCAUUUAGAAAAACAUAUUGGACAGUAUUACACCUUGCCCCCUGAACACAUCCGCACCCUAUUCCCACAUGGCCUCCCCCGACGCUUCCAAACACAGGUGAAAACAUUUAAUGAGGGCUGUGUGAUGGUAAGGCAGCCUGCUCUGGAGGUCAUCUCCUCCCUGAAGAAAGUUGACUACAGCAAGCCUGCCCCACGCUUUGUGCUCUAUGGGGUGAAAGGUAGUGGAAAGACUAUGGCCCUCUGUCACACAGCCCAUUUCUGUUCCACACAAGGAUGGCUGGUGCUGCACAUACCUGAUGCUCAUAAGUGGGUAAAGAACUGUAAAGAACUGCUGCAGUCCUCCUAUAAUGCCUCUCGUUUUGACCAGCCAUUGCAGGCCUCUACUUGGUUACGCAACUUCAGAACCACCAAUGAGCACUUCCUGUCAAAGAUAAAGACGAGUCAACGCUACAUCUGGACAAAGAGGGAGUCUACUGAGGAGGGAAAGCCAUUACGGGAGCUUGUUGAUCAAGGCAUAUCUCGUGUGAAGAGCAGCAGUGACGUGGUCGGAGCAGUGAUGAAGGAGCUGAGGCUGCGAAGUGGGCAUCCUGAGGCGGGCUUCAGACUAGCAGUGGUUGUCGAUGGUGUCAAUGCCCUCUGGGGGAGGUCCACCAUCAAGAAGGAGGACAGGAGCUUUGUGAACCCGGAAGAGUUGACGUUGGUGUAUAAUCUAAGGAAAAUGAUGAGGAAUGAUUGGUGCGGAGGGGCUAUCGUCACUACUCUCGCUCAGACAGGCUCGCUAUACUCUCCGAAGACUGCCUACCUGCCUCAGGAGUUGCUAGGAAAGGAGGGCUUUGACAACAUGGAUCCAUUUAUUCCGGUAUCAGUCUCCAACUACAGUGAGAAGGAGUUUGAGAGCUGUUACCUCUACUAUCAGGACCGCCACUGGCUGCAACAUCCACAAAGUAAAACAGAAGACGGGAAGAAAGAACUCAUCUUUCUGAGUGAAAGAAAUCCGUCGAUUUUGGAGAGGCUUUGCGCCUCCCUAUGAAACCAUCAAAACGCUCAUGUGAAUAAGACGAAUGCAGUUCAAUUUAGUGUCUCAUAACAAACGCGUCCCUCUGUAAAUUAUCUUGCAUGUGUGCACCUUUCAUAAUAAAAUGUUAAGCGAAGAAA